AUGCCCAAGCUUCGCAAAUGUCAUGUGGAAGUUCUAAAUGACUUGGUAAACUUUGGGACUUCUUUUGCACUUAGUAAUUCCCUUAUUUCUGAUAUAUACCAUGCCCAUGAACAAGAUCAAGCCAACUAUACCUCACUUCGUAAACACAAUAUAUUCGAUCAUACCAUCGCUCUCCUAAGACAUAAUGAUGUCGAAUCAUUUGUUCAGAAUAUAUGGGCAUCGAAGAUUGAAGGUUUAACGGAUAAAGCAGUAGCUCUGUUAAAUAUCAUACGAUAUACAUGGAUCUCGUUCCACCCUACACUCAGAAUGGUCCUCUCUUGGUACAAAACCAUGAGAGGACUUAUUUUUAUUGAGAGUGUAAUAAAAUCUUUCCUUGCUGUCUCAAAGAUCGUGGACUUUGUCGAAUGUAAGUGGUGUGAGACGCAAUUCACCUCCGGAAAGUACCUUGACUAUCGCAAAUCUGACUAUACCACUAAUUCAGUCAAGUACAAUGACGCUCUCGAUUACUUCAAAUUGUUUAAUAACAUGGAAGUCAUUAUUGUCGAAGCAUCAAGUGGGAAAAUCCAAGAGAGCACAGUACACACCAUUGAAGAUUGUCUCAAGCUGUUGGAAGCAAUUUUAAACAAAAAUUCUUCCAUAGCGACUUUCAAGAAGCUUAAGGUUUUUGGUCUAAAAUCCAUCUUAAACCAAGUAGCUUUGUCUAAGCUGUACUUUAACAAUGUCACAAGAUGGAAUUCUGUUGAAAAACGAAUCGCCCACACUUCCAUCUUCCUGGGAUAA